AAUUGACACGGCCGCGUCGAAGAAUAAACGUAUUGCGUUGUUAUGGCAACCGGAAGAGUUAAAUUCUGCCUGCUUCAAUUUAAAUCUGCCAAAUUAUCUGAAAAAUCUGGAGAAUUUGCUAACAUGGCCAUGGGGAUUAACCUCCGCACCGGUGUCUAUUUAGUGAAAAGCCAGCAGCAAAAUUAACGGUCGAAUCGCUUUCUCGUUUGCCGUGUAAACCUACUCAGCCUCAUUAUUCUGAUUACACUCCGCUUUCCAGUGCAGACCGGAUUCGGGCAGGGACAGUUGCGGAUUUGCAUUUCCUUCAUCGCUGCCUUUCAGCCUCGCCCCCUGAUGUUCCUGCCCCUACAUAAGCUAUAGGGGUUCGUACAUUUCUCUCUACCGCUGCUUCCGAAGGGGAGGGGAAGCAGACGAGACAGCAGAAGGACACAGGAAAGGGCUGGUUUUGGUGCGAUGGACGCCAAGCCUGUAAAGCCCAGAGGCUGCCUCUGUCUCUCAGACGCUCCACCGCCCCUGUGCCAAGCCCAUUCCUAGCAAACACUCCAGGAUCCCAUCCAUGAUGAUCCUGCAGCAUGAUCCUGCAGCAUCCCGCCGUUAUACAGAGGGCAGGGUCAGGGCAGAGUGCGUGUGAUGCUUGAACGCAGCAAUCCUUGCAGUUCAAAGGGUCGGAGCUCUUUACUCGCUGUGACAAUUGGAGACAUCUUUCUUCCCCUUCCACCCAAGGCGGCUGUUGGCCAGUCGCUCACACCCGGGGAGUCAGCGUGGGCAUUGUUUUGAAAACAACAGAACUUCAGUGGUGACCUCACCGCCCUGGCUGCAAAUGUGACAUCGGCUGCAUGUCACACUUCGCUCAGAGCGAGAAAUUCCCCCAUGUCCUAUGCUCCUCUUGGCUAGUUAGACAAGCUGUUUUUUAAUACCAUGUUCCUGUGGGGCCAGGAUGGCUGCCUGUUGGCAUGGACUCGAGCAAGAAGCCAGCCAGGACAGUGUUUACUCUCCCACUCUGGACAUUUAUUCUUUUCAAAAGCCAGUGCAUUUCUGCAGGGCAGGCGGCCCCGCCCCCCCGUGUGCGCAGGCGCGCAGCAGCCCAGGUUCCCGCAGGCUCAGCAUUCAGUGACCACAGGCUGAUUAUUGUAGGUUUAUGCCACCUGCCCAGAGGGGGUGAUGGAUGGCAGAGCGGAAAUGGAGGUCAUGAGAAGCACCAAGGGGAAUGCCGCCGGGGAGGUCAGCGUCCAUCUGGUCGCCAACGAGAACACAAUGCAGAACACACACCUGCCUGCGACUGCCUUCAUCAUCCCAGCAAACACAGCCACCAUCAGCCUCCCCGCCAGCACCUUAGAGAUCCAGCGAUUUCCCCGGGAGCCGCAGAGAAGCGCAGGCGCCGAGAGACUGGAGAGGGGGGCAGGGAACGAGCCGAUCACUGCGACCGUCAUCCCCCAGAUCAGCGGGGUGCAGACCUGCAACACCGUCCGGGUACUGGAGUGGAAAGAUGGGGUGGCCACUCUGCCUGGCAGCAACUUAAGAUUUCGGAUAAAUGAAUAUGGGACGCUGAAAGUGGUGAGUGCUGAUAAGAUCCCCCCAGUGGAGCCCCUAAAGGAGGGUCAUGCGGAGAGAGAUGGGGAGUCGGAGGUGGUGCCUACCAGCAGAGACAAUCCAGCUGCUGCUCAGGACGUGCCCGAGCAGCCCAAGCUGCUGACAGCAGAGAGCAUGUGCCACUGCGAUACCUGUGGCCGGAGACAUGUGUCGGAGGGGGCCCGGGAGGGCAGGGGGUUCUGCAGCGAACACUGUCAUCGGCAGUUCAAGGAAAGGUCUGUCAUAGUGGAGAACUCUGCCGGCAGCACUAACGCCACCGAAAUCCUCAAGCCAGUGAAAAAACGGAAAAGAAAGGAUUACCAGAGCCCUUCAGAGGAGGAGGAGUAUGAAUCAGAGCAAAUGGAGGAGAAGCAGGAAGAGAGAAAGAACUUGGAGGGAGACCCCACCAUCAGCAACACGGAGAGCGAAGAGUGGAGCAUGAACCAGCACGGUGCCAUCGAGGAGAAGAAAGAAGGCUGGUCCUGGGCAUCCUACCUGGAGGAGCAGAAAGCCAUCGCUGCCCCUUUAAAUCUGUUCCAAGAAUACCAGUCAGUCGCCCAGCACAAGAACGGCUUCAAGGUGGGGAUGAAGCUGGAGGGGAUCGAUCCCCAGCACCCUUCGAUGUACUUCAUCCUGACUGUGGCUGAGGUGUGUGGUUAUCGGAUGCGCCUGCACUUUGAUGGCUACUCCGAAUGCCAUGAUUUCUGGCUGAACGCCGACUCCCCCAACAUUCAUCCUGCCGGCUGGUCUGAGGAGACGGGGCACAAACUGCAGCCCCCCAAAGGGUGUUUAGGUUACAAGGAGGAGGAGUUCAGCUGGACGAACUAUCUGAGGAUAACGAAGGCUCAGGCAGCUCCCAGGCACCUCUUUGUGACCCCAAACAAUAAUGCCGUUCCCACGGGAUUCCAGGUGGGCACGAAACUAGAAGCCGUGGACCGCAUGAACCCUUCCUUGAUAUGCGUUGCCACGGUGACGGACGUGGUGGACAAUCGUUUUCUGGUGCACUUUGACAACUGGGAUGAUACUUACGACUACUGGUGUGACCCCAGCAGUCCAUACAUCCACCCAGUCGGCUGGUGUCAAGCGCAUGGGAAACCCCUCACACCUCCUCAAGACUAUCCCGACCCUGACAGUUUCAACUGGGAAAAAUACCUGAUGGAAACUGGAGCAUCUGCAGUGCCAGCUUGGGCCUUUAAAGUGCGGCCGCCCCACAACUUUCUGGUGAACAUGAAACUGGAGGCGGUGGACAGGCGGACUCCCUCCCUCAUCCGCGUGGCCAGCGUGGAAGACGUGGAGGAUUACCGGAUAAAGGUCCAUUUUGAUGGCUGGAGUCAUGUCUACGAUUUCUGGAUUGAUGCGGAUCAUCCGGAUAUCCACCCCGUGGGAUGGUGCUUAAAAACUGGACACCCGCUGCAGCCUCCUCUCAGGCCAAAGGAACCAGCUGCUUCUGCCCACGGGGGCUGCCCAACCUUGGGCUGCAAGAGCAUCCCUCAUACCAAAGGCUCCAAGUACAGCUUUCACCACAGGAAGUGCCCAACACCAGGCUGUGAUGGCUCCGGACAUGUGACGGGGAGAUUCACGGCUCACUACUGCCUCUCAGGGUGCCCCUUGGCAGAGAAGAACCAGGGGAGGCUGAAGGCCGAUCUCUCAGACACUGAGGCCUCGGCCCGCAAGAGGAACCUGAUCGGCUUCUCUCAGCGAAAGAAAUCCCGACAUCACGGGAGAGGGCGACCUCCAAAGUAUCGGAAGAUCCAGCAGGAAGACUUCCAAACUAUUUCCUCGGACAAUAUGCACCAGUCCCUCUUCAUGUCAGCCUUAUCUGCUCACCCUGACCGCUCCCUGUCCCUCUGCUGGGAGCAACACUGCAAACUCCUGCCAGGGGUGGCUGGCAUCACAGCAGCUACUGUGGCCAAGUGGACCAUUGAUGAGGUCUUUAGCUUUGUUCAGACGCUAACGGGUUGCGAGGACCAAGCCAAACUCUUCAAGGAUGAGAUGAUUGACGGGGAGGCGUUCCUUCUGCUGACGCAGGCCGACAUCGUCAAGAUCAUGAGCGUCAAACUGGGCCCAGCACUCAAGAUCUACAACGCCAUCCUCAUGUUCAAAAACGCCGACGACACCUUAAAGUGACCACACCCCACAGCCCGGGACUGCCCUCAGCACUGCAGCUGCUAAGCUGUCUGUCUGGCUCACUGGAGCGGAGACCUUCCCCACUGUAGCAGCUGUAAAAUCCUGCACGCUCCUUCUCUCUCUGAGUCACCUUCUCUGUCCUUGCACCAAACCCAUCUCUCUCUGUCUUUCUCUUCCCCUGCCCUGUUACACUUCUCCUCUGGCCUGGUGGGGGAGCUCUAGUCGGGGUACCACUGACCAGUGCUCUCUCCCAGAUGCUUUUAAAGAGACAGAACACGGAUUUGAGACGGGAUGACCCCCUACCCUUCAAGCACUUCUGACUGACCCUCUUCCAUAGGAUGACGUGUGUGUAUUUCAGGACUGAUGAGGUACCGGGGAGAAGGUGUGGGGGUUGAGGGAUAGUGUUGCUGCUCAAGAAACCAAGAUCAGAAAUUUUGGUGAUCUCAUAAGAAAUAAACUGCCUCCACACACCCUUCUCUCACACAUGUGAGUGCACACACGCUCGUUUAGAGGGAUGACUCAUUUUCCCUUUUCUUAGCAAUUGAAGAGGAUUUUCCCAGCAUAUUUCACUGCGUUGGGGCGGGUAUUUAACACUCUUUCGAAGGGACAUUCUCAAGUAGCUUUUGAUAACAUUCCAUUUGUUUUCUCUCCAGUUUGUGACUCUCCCUUUGAAGCUGGGCAGUAACUUUGCUUUGCCCCCGCCCUGGUUGACCUUCGCCAUGAGGCCAACUUGAAUUUUCUUCGAUUUCCUUCUGUUUCUCAUGGGGAAUGAGCCCAUAGUGCUAUUUAUGCUGCAGAUCUCUUUGCUGCUGCGGGUGGGGGGGGGAGAAAGGGGUCAGUGUUUUAUUGCUAUUUAUUAUUUGUGCUGCAGUAGCAGCUAGGAGCCCAAGUCGUGGACCAGGACCCCACUGUGCUAGGUGCUGUACAGACACAGAAUACAACAGUCCCUGCCCCAAAGAUCUUACAGUCUAAGUAUAAAUAUACCAGCCAUGUCAGCACAGCUCUGGGAAUAAGGGUAGUCAAUUAAGUUGUGCCCCCUCUGCUGGGCAGGUGGCUGCUCUGCAGCACAGACAUCCGUUGCAGAGGCAGAGUGGCCUUUUCCUUUCUGUCUCAGUGGUGGGUUUUUUAUUUUCAGAUCUCAGCAGCCCUUUGCCAUCAAACUGUAAGAAAGUCAAGGUGGGCCAAAUUUUUGUCCUUUGCUACUUGACACACGUCCCCCAGGGACAAGGCUUGGAAACUGCUUUUUCAAAUGACAAUCACCUGCUGGUUAUUAACUAGACAGUCUCUUGGGAUUGUCUAAGAAAAGGUCAGUGCAGCGUGUGUGAUGGCGUGCGACCAAUUGCCUUUACUUCAGCCAUGUAAAAGCUUCCUGAAGGACCAAUCAGAAGAGGUGUAGGCUGGGGAGAGGGACCACAGUCCCCAAUCCGCGCUCUGUCAGGUUAGAAAUAUUUGCAUUCCCAAGGUCUGCAAUUCCUUAAAGGAAUCGACCUUUUCCUUUGCUUCCCUCCCCUCCCCACAGUCAUUGAAGACAGGGAUGAGAGCUCCUACCAUAUGCACCAGCAACAUGUCUCAUAGCAACAUGGCAUAUGAAGUUCACUUUCAUGUACAUAUGGGUCAAAUUCAUGCUAGGCUUCCCAUGGAAAUGCAGCAUUUGACUCUUUUUAUUAUUGACUCUUUGGGGUCACAUUUGACCUGCCAUUCCAGUAUUUGCUGCUUGCUAUUCAUGAGAGACUUUACACAAUUUGUGGGUUUUUUUGGUAAGCGUUUGGGUUUGUUUUGCAAGUUCUCUUUCCUUCCCUUUCAUUUUCUUCCAUCUGUUCAAAUGCUGCCAUAUGUUCGUCUGUGGGGAGAAGCGAAAUGGGAGGAGAGGAGUUGUGGGCUCUGGACCCAAUCCUUCCAUAGAUGCAGCCUGAUCCUCAGCAAAUGGUGCCAAACCGGCCUCCACGUCCAAAGAGGAGCUCUUCUCCUGGUUUGCUGUUGGUUGGGAGGAGAAGAAGAUGAGGAGCGGCCUUGGGAUACAAAUAUGGCUUCAGCUUUGGGACUCUCCAUGUCAACCUCCCCUGAAAUAUUUCCAAACUUCAUCCUGAAUGCAAGCAAGUCUCCUGGUUAGCUCAUUAUAUCCUUGCACAAGGCUCAGUCAGUGUCUUUAUAGGAAGCAUCUACUGCAGAGAAAGAAAGGAAGAAGUCUCCUGUUCUCAUCAGCUGCAUCUCAACCUGCUAAGUGACUACAUUCCUCUUUUAGCUAAAGGUGAGCUAAGCAGGCAUCAUGCUGGCCGGAUGCUGGAGGGGCACUCUGGGUUCGGCACUGGAGUGGAGUGUCGGAUGCCUGAGUUGUGCUCUGCAUUUGAAGCUACGAUAAAAGAUCGAGUGGUUGGUUGCUGUGGAGGCUGUUCCAAUAAAUGGGCCCAUUUUGAAGGGAACGGGAGCUGUAAAUGUCCGCCCAGGAUUGUCUCCCUAGAAUCUCAGUGGCCAAUGGGAUUAAAUCUCCUGUUCUAUUACUGAAACACUGGGUGACCUGUUCUCUGGCUACCUGACAGACUUUCAGAUGGAUUUCUGGGCUCCUGUGAAACUAACUUCCUGAUUACUGGUGAGACUGUAGGUUAUAGCCACCUGAGAGCUCCACGGCCAAACUGUGCCUAUCCAACCCUUGCAUACAGUUUCUAGGAGAUUGACCUGAACGGCUUUCUCAGCUCCUUGCAGUGUAACCUUGGACACAGACCGGACUGGACUCGACUGGUAUGCCCACCUGUAGGAAUGGUCUCUCGGAGGGAAUUCUCUUGGGUCAGAGCUCUCCAGAAAGAUAAUCCUCACUGGAAAUAUGAAGUGAGAUAGAGUGUAUGUCUGUGUGUGUGUGUUUGACAGUGUUCUUAUAUCACACUCGCUUAGCUGCUGCCUCAACCAUGAGUCCAUUCCCCUCUUGGGUUGACUAUUUGAGGUAUGAAGCUUCUGAAUUGGUCUGGGUGAGAGAAAUACAGAUUUUGUAGACGGCCAAGGGCUAUGUACUGUUAAAGCUUGUAAUGUUAUUUUCUUAAAAAAAACAAAAACCCAAAGCAGUGUGUGUAUGUGUGAGAGAGAGCAAGAAAAUCUAUUGAUGCUAUUUCCUCUACUGUUUGUCCAACUCUGUUUUCUGUGGCACGCUCUCUUCCCUGAAGGGAUGUGGUUCUUGAGAUGUGGCAGCACUUGUGUGGGAGCAGAAGGACAGCUCUUUCCUGAUUGGAACUGGUUGGGAAUUAUCUGUCUAGAUGGUUUUUUGUCAGAAAACGUUGACUCAUCAAAAUUGAAACUUUUGGUGGGAACAUACCGGUUCUGAAUAAACUUUUGGCGGGAAGGUUCCUCAGGUCCAGGAUAUAAUUUCUGGUCAAAACCAGAGAGAGAUCCCAGAAUUCCUCAUAACCUCCAUAGCUAGGAUACACAUGGACUUGACCCUGGAUCUCCCAUAGCCCAGCUGAGUUCCCUUGCCAUGAGGCUAUGGUGUAAUCUGGGGGUGGGGCUCUCUCUUUUUCUUUUUUUUAUUUUCUUUUUUUUUUAGAAGCUCUGAAAGCUCUCAGUUUUGUCCCAGUGCAGACCAGAACAUUUUUUUAAAUCUUAAAAACUGGAUGGGAAAAACGUUCCCUGCCCAGCUUUCUCCCUGACCCCGAUGGGAAGGCUGAGAAGGAGGAGUUUUAUCCUCUGUUAUGAACGCCUCGUCAAAAUCAGUGUCAGUCUCUGCGGUGCGUUCGUGCCAAGAUCUCCUCCCUGUUUUAAACUAGUUAGAAGCCCCACCAGCGGAGGGAGCCUUGAGGCCCCUGCAUAGGAAAAGCUAAUGCCCCCACUGAAGGUCUCAGUCCUUAAUCUCCCAACAGACCAAAUGUCUCACUGGUGGCACUCUCAGAAUCAAUAGAGUUUCACCAGGGAUGAGCUUGGCCCAGGAGUCUUCUCAGCGCUCCUUUUGGGGGAGGCUAGAGCAGCUAAAAAUGUCUCAAAUGGACUUCUGAGUUGCAGCCUCUGACUAUGCCUGCCCAUCCUGAGGGAAGCGUAGGGAAGUUGGUGGGACUGGGACCUAGUGGGGCAGAGGUGGCACAGAAUUAUCUGCUGGGGCCAGGCAGGACCAUCAGCCAGUCCUUCGCCCCGUGACGGCAGCAAAUUCCCCUCUCACGUUACCGCCCCCAGUGACGGUUGCCAUCGGGUGCUGACAACAGCUACGUUGACUGUGAUUGUGACACUCUGCUGCCCUGCGAAGGCUGCCAGCAUUAUGUGUGAGCUCAGCCAGGCGGUGGGGCUGGCCCCUGCUCUGGUUCUCAUUCCCAUUCCUAUAAUCCCCGUGCCAGCCCAGCAGCCAGGCCCAUGGGACGGGAGAAGAGCACAGUCCCCACACUUCUAGGAUUUGUAUGACUUUUACCAGAUACAAAGUGUCCCUGGGAGCAACUCUUGCUUCUGGA